AUAAAAUCUUAACAUCAGUGACAUUUUUAACCAGAUAAAAAUGUUUCAAUAAUAAAAGUGACAUCUUAUAAUGAUUAUGUCGAGACCUCGACUUAAAUAGCAAAAGUGACAGUUUUGUAACAAGUAAUAAUUAUACAUAUAACAUAAAUAAUAAAAUUGUCAUUUUAAUGUACAAAAUGUAUUGUGACGCACACACAAAUAAUCAUAUAAAUAAUGCUACGUACACAAAUGAAAAUGUUGGGGCUAAAUUAUAUACUAGUACUACCUCCGUCCCCCUAAAUUUGGGGACAAGAGAAGUUGACACGGUUAUUAAUAAAAAUGAAUUUAUAUUGAAUUGAUAAAGUAAGAAUAAAGUAGGAAUGAUUUAGAAUCACACGAACUUUACAAAAAAAAAAUAUGAGACAAUUUUAAUGAGACGGACCGAAAUGGUAAAAUGGGACAAUCAUAGCGGGACGAAGGGAGUACAUUGUAUCAAACAAGAGUUGACCGAAGGGGACCAAAACCCACCUACACACACAAUGGACCAAUGUAUGCGAACAAGAAAUACACAUUCACGCACAUGAAUAUGUUGAAGCAAGCUUAUUGCCAACCUAAACUCACAUGGGUUGUUCGUAGCUACAACCUCCAACCUCAUAGUAUAAAUAAGCAAGAACAGACCUUCAGCUCUCUUCAUCCCCAACCCUGCGACAUAUAUAUAUACGUGUAUAUAUAUAUAUACACUACGUAUAUACAUAUAUAUAUAUAUAUAUAUAUACAUAUACACAAAUUUCGACCCUUCGUUUUAGUCAAAACCGAGCCAUGAAAACACCAUAGAAACCUUCCCCUUCUCGAGAGGAAUCCAACGGUGAAAGAAUCGUUGAAAACGAUCGUGAAACGACGGAGAACAAGCUUGCCGGAGUUCCGCCGGGCUAACCGUAAAGACGGAAAACGGAGAAGAAGGAGGAGCUGCCGCUGCCGCCAACCCAUCACUGACCUUCGCCGUCCCAAAACGAGUCCUCUACCACCACCGUAUCACGAAUCCGUCGAGGAGAGAUUGGCGAAUUCGUUGAAGACGUGAACUAGAUUUCGAGUAGGGUUAGAGCAAAAGCGUGACUUCGAGAAUCAUGCCGCCAAGAAGGAACCCCCACACAACCCCAACCGUUGAAGAGCUUGCCCAAACUGUCCAACAAAUGGCACAACUUAUCGGAGCGGCUCAAUCCUCGAACCGUGGGAUUGAUUACGCAACAAGAGUAGCCGGGCGGAACCCUCCAAAAUAUUUGGGCGAGGAGGACCAUCUUAUUUUGGAGGACUGGAUUCGCACCUUCGACAAACUCUUUGACUCACUCAACUGCCCGUUGGAGCAGCGAGUGAACAUUGCGGUGUAUUACCUGCACCAAGAAGCGGACCACUGGUGGGCCGCCACCGGACCAGCACUUCUCGAGCAACCGGGCUUUGACUGGGAGGACUUCAUAGUAGCUCUGCGUGAUCGCUUCUAUCCGGAUCACGUAAAGGAGGCAAAUUAUGACGAAUUUGUCAAUUUCAAGCAAGGUGACUUGACUGUUCAGGAAUAUCACACGAGGUUCGUCCAAUUGGCUCGUUUUGCCAAAGACCUUGUGUCAACCGAGGCCAGCAUGACCCGCAGAUUUGUUAACGGGCUUAACUACGGGGCCCAAAAAUUCGUGACUGUAGCAGAGCCACGAAACCUGAACGAGGCAUAUAGGAAGGCUGGUAAGUACUAUCUGGUACACCAGAAAGAAAGAGAGGCACAGAAGAGAGAUCGAAAGAAUGCUGAAAUGGAGCAGCAACAAAAGAAGGCUAGAACUGACCGCCCGGAACAACGUCAAAACAAUCAAGGCGGGAGAACCAUCCAUGGCCAUGGUCAGGGGAGAAUCCAGCCAACUCAAACACGGUACUACAAAUGCAAACUAUGCCCAAACAACCAUCCUGGGAAGGAUUGUGCAGGGAACGCGGUGAAGUGUUAUAACUGCAACCGUAUGGGGCAUAGGGCGUAUGAGUGCCUGGAUGAGAAGAAACCCCGGAUCCAGGGCCAAAACCAGGGGAACAACCAAACCGGGGGUGGGGAUAAUCCCGUGAACAUCAACCGUGGUACUCCCAGUAACCGCCCGACGGAAGGCAACCAUAAUCAGGGUCAGGGAAGACAAAAUAGCAACCAGGGCCGAAUCUACGUCAUGAACCAAGCUCAAGCGAAUGCCAACGAUGUUGUGUCAGGUACAUUCCUUGUAAAUUCCACACCUGCUCAUGUACUGUUUGAUUCGGGUGCAUCCCACAGUUUUAUAUCCUCAAAACUUGUGGAAAAGUUAAAGUUAGAACCUACCGCUACACUCAACCUUAAUGUAAAAACAGCAUCUAAUAAAGUUGUAGCUUGCGGGAGUGUUUUCUCCAAUGUUUCUAUAGUCAUAUCUAAUACCGAAUUACCCGGAGAUCUAAUCCAAUUUGACUUGGAGGAUAUCGACGUGGUGUUGGGAAUGGACUGGCUAGGAAAAUAUAAGGCGAGAAUUCUUUGUGAUGAACAAAAGGUGGUCUUGAAAGGACCCCACAAGAAGCGUGUAUCCUACAGAGUGGUUACAUCUCAGCCAGGCAUGAAGCUGGCAACCAUGCAACAAGUCAAACGAUACGUCCGGAAGGGGUAUGAAGUUUACUUAUGCAUGAUCAAAGACUUAACAUCCGAAGAUCCAACCAUUGACCAAAUCCCUGUGGUCAAUGAAUUUCCGGAUGUGUUUCCAGAAGAAAUCCCGGGGAUGCCGCCAGAGAGGGAAGUUGAGUUUUCGAUCGAUCUAAUGCCGGGCACCGCACCUAUUUCGAAGGCGCCGUACCGAAUGGCACCAAAGGAGAUGCAGGAGCUGAAGGAACAACUCGAAGAACUGUUGGAGAAGGGCUACAUCAAACCGAGUGUCUCACCGUGGGGCGCUCCGGUCUUGUUUGUAAAGAAGAAGGAUGGGAGCCUGAGGCUCUGCAUCGAUUAUAGAGAAUUAAACAAAGCAACAGUCAAGAACAAAUAUAUGCUGCCUCGCAUUGAUGACCUCUUUGAUCAACUGAAGGGGGCUAACACAUUCUCCAAAGUUGAUUUGAGAUCCGGGUACCAUCAAGUGAGGAUUGCUGAGAAAGACACUCCGAAGACGGCUUUUCGAACGAGGUACGGACACUAUGAGUUCACCGUGAUGCCGUUCGGCCUAACAAAUGCGCCUGCGGUAUUUAUGGAUCUCAUGAACCGUGUGUUUCGACCCUACCUCGACUUGUUUACUAUUGUAUUCAUCGACGACAUCCUGGUGUACUCUAAGACACCAAAAGAGCACGAAGAACAUCUGAGGACAGCGCUGCAAACUUUGAGAGAAAAUCAGCUCUAUGCCAAACUCUCAAAGUGUGAAUUCUGGAAGGAUCGGGUAGCAUUCUUGGGCCACAUCAUCACCCAAGAAGGUGUAUCUGUUGAUCCAUCAAAGAUCGAAGCAGUGAUAGACUGGCCUACACCCACAACUGUGACAGAGGUCCGGAGCUUUCUAGGCUUGGCAGGCUAUUAUCGCAGAUUCGUGAAGGAUUUCUCAAAGAUUGCAAAACCUUUGACUAACCUCACGAAGAAGACCACGAAAUUCAUAUGGGAUGAGGAAUGCAAGAAGGCUUUCCAGGAGCUUAAGCAAAGAUUAACAACCGCACCUAUCUUAACCCUACCAUCGGGUACUGAGGGGUUCGAGGUUUACACCGAUGCUUGUUUGAAAGGGUUGGGUUGCGUAUUGAUGCAAAAUGGCAAAGUGGUGGCCUAUGCAUCAAGACAACUGAAGACCCACGAGGUAAACUACCCGACUCAUGACUUGGAACUGGCAGCGGUUAUCUUCGCCUUAAAACUAUGGAGGCACUAUCUAUAUGGGAUACAAUGUAAAAUUUACACCGAUCACAAGAGCCUAAAGUACAUCUUCACCCAAAAGGAGCUUAACAUGAGACAAAGACGUUGGCUAGAACUCGUCAAGGACUACGACUUGGAGAUUCAAUACCAUGAAGGGAAGGCAAACGUAGUUGCCGAUGCGCUAAGCCGAAAGUCAACACACUCCUGCAGAGCAACAUGGAUACUACCUGAUGAGCUAUAUCGGGACUUUCAAAAACUAGACUUGGAGGUACGGGAUUUCGGAGAAAUAGAUCGGGAAACGCGGUUACUCGCCAUGACCGUUACCCCAUCUCUUUUCGAUGAAAUUAGAGCAGGGCAGCCUGGAGAUAUAAAGUUGGACAGAAUCCGAGCUGGUAUGACGAAUGGCUUAAACGGACCAUUCAAACUACACGAAGAUGGUAGCAUUCGACACAAAGGAAGGUGGUGUGUCCCGAUGAAAUGUGAAGAGAUUAAGAAGAAAAUCAUGGAGGAGGGGCACAACACGCCUUACUCGGUACACCCUGGAGGCGACAAACUCUAUAAAGACCUCAAAAACAAUUUUUGGUGGCCAAAGAUGAAGAAGGAGGUAGCUGAAUUCGUGGCUAGAUGCUUAAACUGCCAGAAGGUGAAAGCCGAACGUUGCAAGCCCAAGGGACUCGUGCAACCUUUAGAGGUGCCAAAAUGGAAAUGGGAUUCUAUAUCCAUGGACUUUGUUGGGGGCUUACCGCCAACCAAGUCUGGCAAAGACAAGGUUUGGGUUAUAGUUGAUCGGUUAACAAAGACCGCUCGUUUCAUCCCAAUGAACGAGACAUGGAGCAUGGAAAAGUUAGCUCGAGCUUACACCAAACAUGUAAUUAAAUAUCAUGGAGUUCCACAAGACAUUGUUUCUGACCGUGAUUCUAGAUUUCUAUCUCAAUUCUGGAAGGAAUUGCAAGCUGCUAUGGGGACGAAACUGAAACUGAGUACAGCCUUUCACCCAACCACUGAUGGACAAACUGAGCGAACAAUCCAAACACUCGAAGACAUGCUUAGAGCAUGUAUGUUAGACCUACAAGGGUCAUGGGACGAACACUUAGACUUAAUAGAGUUUUCGUACAACAAUAGCUACCACGCCAGUAUCAAGAUGGCCCCGUACGAAGCUUUAUAUGGUCAAAAGUGUAGAAGUCCACUAUGCUGGAGUGACUUGACAGACAAAGUGGUGCUAGGGCCAGAGUACCUACAUGACACCAUGGAGAAGGUGAAACUGAUUCAAGCCAGGAUGAAAGCUGCACAAGAUCGUCAGAAGUCUUAUGCUGACUUGGGGAGGAAGCCAGCUGAAUUCAAAGUGGGAGAAAAAGUCCUACUCAAAGUCUCACCGACGAAGGGAGUAAUGAGAUUCGGAAAGAAGGGAAAGUUAAGCCCAAGGUUCAUCGGCCCAUAUGAUAUCCUCGAACGAGUGGGACGAUUGGCAUACCGUUUAGCUUUACCCAUGGAGUUGGCUAAGGUACACAACGUUUUCCACAUUUCACAAUUGAAGAAGUAUAUUCGCGACGAAUCACAUAUCCUUAACCCUGAGGUUGUCGAAUUGGACGAAACAUUGACUUAUGAGGAAAGGCCUAUCCAGAUCCUUGAUACAAAAACUCGUGAGACUAGGAGGAAGUCAGUUAAAAUGGUAAAGGUAUUGUGGUCUAACCACUUGGCCGAAAACGCCACUUGGGAGUCCGAAGAUGAUAUGCGCAACCGCUAUCCAAAGUUAUUUGAGUAAGGUAAUGUUGUGAUUACGGGGAUGUAACCUUGUAAUACCUCUUAAAUUAUAAGAUAUUUUAUUAGCUUAUGCUUCGGGACGAAGCAUCUUGUAAGGAGGGUAGAAUGUGACACUCCAAAAAAAAAAAAAAAAAAAAAAAAAAAAAAAAUCAUUAAUAUUAACUAAGAUGUGGUAUUCAUUUGUGGAUAAAGUUUCUUUAGUUUAUGUUUCGGGACGAAACAUCUUUUAAGGAGGGUAGAAUGUGACACCUCGAAAAAUUUAAUAAAAUAAAAUAAAUAAAUUUUAUUGGUUAGCAAAAUAUUAUGAAAGUGAUUUUCUUAGAAUCAAGUGAAUCAGAUAAAAUCUUAACAUCAGUGACAUUUUUAACCAGAUAAAAAUGUUUCAAUAAUAAAAGUGACAUCUUAUAAUGAUUAUGUCGAGACCUCGACUUAAAUAGCAAAAGUGACAGUUUUGUAACAAGUAAUAAUUAUACAUAUAACAUAAAUAAUAAAAUUGUCAUUUUAAUGUACAAAAUGUAUUGUGACGCACACACAAAUAAUCAUAUAAAUAAUGCUACGUACACAAAUGAAAAUGUUGGGGCUAAAUUAUAUACUAGUACUACCUCCGUCCCCCUAAAUUUGGGGACAAGAGAAGUUGACACGGUUAUUAAUAAAAAUGAAUUUAUAUUGAAUUGAUAAAGUAAGAAUAAAGUAGGAAUGAUUUAGAAUCACACGAACUUUACAAAAAAAAAUAUGAGACAAUUUUAAUGAGACGGACCGAAAUGGUAAAAUGGGACAAUCAUAGCGGGACGAAGGGAGUACAUUGUAUCAAACAAGAGUUGACCGAAGGGGACCAAAACCCACCUACACACACAAUGGACCAAUGUAUGCGAACAAGAAAUACACAUUCACGCACAUGAAUAUGUUGAAGCAAGCUUAUUGCCAACCUAAACUCACAUGGGUUGUUCGUAGCUACAACCUCCAACCUCAUAGUAUAAAUAAGCAAGAACAGACCUUCAGCUCUCUUCAUCCCCAACCCUGCGACAUAUAUAUAUACGUGUAUAUAUAUAUAUACACUACGUAUAUACAUAUAUAUAUAUAUAUAUAUAUAUAUAUAUAUACAUAUACACAAAUUUCGACCCUUCGUUUUAGUCAAAACCGAGCCAUGAAAACACCAUAGAAACCUUCCCCUUCUCGAGAGGAAUCCAACGGUGAAAGAAUCGUUGAAAACGAUCGUGAAACGACGGAGAACAAGCUUGCCGGAGUUCCGCCGGGCUAACCGUAAAGACGGAAAACGGAGAAGAAGGAGGAGCUGCCGCUGCCGCCAACCCAUCACUGACCUUCGCCGUCCCAAAACGAGUCCUCUACCACCACCGUAUCACGAAUCCGUCGAGGAGAGAUUGGCGAAUUCGUUGAAGACGUGAACUAGAUUUCGAGUAGGGUUAGAGCAAAAGCGUGACUUCGAGGUGAUGAUGCUUAUGUGGACUGAUGAUUGUAUGACCACGAGAGCGGUUUAGAGAUGCCUUAGUCAAACCUAAUUAUAAAUAAACAAUCCAAUUAUGUUGAACACUUGUUUUACUUUGUUUGGUGAUUGCCUGUGCAUUCGGUUAAGAGAUGAUCGGAUGUGGCGGUAACACCCAUUUCCCAUUUAAUGUUAUUUCCGCUGCAAAACUUUUUAUCUGUUUUGAAAGAAUAAAUCAAGUUAUUAUCAAUAAAUCUAUUAUUUCAAGUAUUAUUUUGGGAGGGAAAAUGGGGGUGUUACAUAUACUCCGUAUAUUGUUGUGACCUGAUGCGAUUAAGUACGUUAUGGAUUUCAAGUUGAUUUCAAAUAUAUAUAUAAUUGUAAUUGUAAUGCUCUACUACAAUAAUGUUGCCUAUUGUGACAACUAAUUAAGAGUGUAUCAACGCUACAAUAACAAGCUUACCACCCAAUUGAAUAAAACGAGAAACACUGUCAA